AUGGUGCUCACUACGGAACAGAAGGAAGAGCAGGCUAAGGAAGAUGCAUGGUCGAUGGCUUCCGUUGCGCAUUUCAUCGAUCACAAGGAGGAUGAUCCCACAGUCAAGGGUGUCGAAGAUGCCCUCGGCACUGUGAGCAUCGACUACGACUUGGGUGGCAUCGGAGUUCCGUACGGAGUGGACCUCUGGCCGCACGACGGCCAAUCGCUUCGGAAACUGGUGGGAGUCAUACUUUCAGACACAACAAGGAGGGCGCCAGAACAUCGAAACCUUACUGCUGUUCAAGCUCGAAGUUUGUUCUUUCAGCACGGUAGCGACGCUCUAUCAAACGCUUAUCGAGCACAGCUUGCGACUGCUAUACAGCCGCCUCGGCUUGUUCCUCUCCAUGGCGCGCAACAUUCGGAGCCGGAAUUUGAAGACGUUGCUUCACUGGAGAACGAGAAUCUGGCGGGUGCGCAGACUGAGAGGCCAAGUGGUCGCGAGACAAGAGCCCAGAGAUCUGCGAGACUGGCGGCGCCCGUAACGGCCUUGUCGCAGACGGCAGAACCUCAACAAGACAUCAUGCGGAAUGCAAACGUGGUGGAAACGGCUCUCGCACAAGGUGCAUCUCCCGACCAUGGGGAUGACGAUCAGCAGCCUUUUCAGCUGGCAAAAAGCCCUCCCUCCAAUCUUGUGCAACCAUCCAACUCAGACAGGACCGCAACUUAUGCUAGCGACAUCAGAGCAGCCACGGCUUCAAGCGCAACACAGAUCGCCUCGCACGCGCCCCAGUCCACUUUGGGCAAGCGCAAGCGCAUGGACAGCCGGGCUGAGGAGUUAAAGAGCAAAGAUAUUGGCAACGGUCGAGCCAAGAAGACUAAGGUACGGACGAAUGCUGCUUUGCAAGACGAACAUGCAGCUUCCAUGCCAAGCCUCACGCGAGACUCGAUAGAGCCAGCUGCUUCAGGAGCAGAGCACAAUCCAGAGAUACCUUCUGAGCGAACAAAGCAACAGCCCUCUCGCAGAAAAAGAGCCCAGAACGAUGAGACCGGGUCGGCAUCCCGACCGCUCUCGUCGCAGCCGGCAAAGACAGGACAAGUCACAGCGCAGAUCGCAGCCGCUGAGGAAUCAGCUCUCGAAAACACUUCACUCGCCUAUGAUGGAGAUGCUCAGCCUGAAGUGAAGCUUCUCCCAAAUGUCGACAAAACGAGAGCAAAAGGCAUGCCUGCAUCCAAAGCUGCGCGUGACACUCAGAAAAGAAAUCUCGAUCAUAUGGUGAGAGUGGCAGACGGUGGAGAGGCGAAGUCACUCGACCAAGACGAUGCCGUGCCUCUCGACAACGUGGUAGGAUAUCAGCCGAGUACGACAAUCCAGCCCGGUCUGCUUGUGCCGACAGCAAAACCGAGUAAACGCAAACGCAAUGGAAGCCAUGUUCUAGCAAAGGAGGGAGAAAGCACUGGCAUUGGUCCAGCUACGAAGAGGCAAAGAACUCAGGCAUCUACUACUUCGACAUCGAACAAUGUGGACACUGAGCCACUCCCCCAGAAAGGUCUAAUGCAGGCUGCUACAUCUGGACCGAAUAGCGCACACGGACGUCUUUAUGGGGGCGGGUCCGGGACACAUGCAAAAGACAUUGUGCCGACUGGAGAGCUGCAACACGAUGAACUCAGAACACGCAUUGCCAACCAAACAUCAACAGGAGAUGUCGAAGAGGAGAAUGCCAAUGAUCCAGACGUCGACGUAGCGGAUGGCAUCCCCGCCAAUUUUCGCACCAACUCAAAAACACUUCUCACUGAAAUCGGCGGCGAGAUCUCCGAUACCACUAUCUGGACGAUGGAAUUGCCAACUGUCCUUGGAACAGUCGACGGAUGCUUGCAGAAGGCACUGGACAUCAUCUUCACAGAUGCGGCCGGGCGUGCUGUUUCCACGCUUGCGCUCGAUCCGACGGAGCCUCUGUUCAAUCUGUACGUCGUCAUAUUUGGAAAGAGUUGGCGCUCGGUGUCACUCAAUGCCAGAGCUGCAGAAGACCAAUACGAUCACACUUCUUCGAUUCCUUUCAGUGCUACGAACGUGCUACGCUGUCUUAUCUGGCAUGCCCUCACCUUCGAGAUCAUGGACAAGGAACAGCUGGACGAUGCUGUGUACGCACUGAUAGAAAGAGCUCAGACAUACCUGCGAACGGCCCUCAGCGGCAGGGAAGGUGCCUAUCACACCCUCCUUCGACGCAGCUCGAAAGCUCAAUUUACAGACCCAGAUUUUGUUGACGGUACACUGAUGUUCCACGCUGAUGAAACAGCAUACAAGCUCAUGGCUCUGUUAGAGCAGCACCUUGACGCGCUGAGUCUUCCUCGCAGACCUCAGAACUGGCGAAUGCUUUUUGCCAAACAGCUGCGCCAGGUCUGUAAGCUGGCAUUCUUUCUCAAGGCUCGAUUAGCAGCGGAGAAGACGAAAACCGAGCUUUGGAUGUACAGGUAUGGUACACAAAUCGAGGGUGCCCCAGACGGCUCAGAGCAUGGUGAGAAUGACGCUCCAAUCGUUCUGCUGACGAGGACACCUGGGAUCAGGAAGUUGGGCGUUGAUGGGUCGUGGCAGGACGUGGUGGAUUUGGAGGUUGAGUAUUGCAGGCCAGAGAUGCAACAUGAAGAAUGUCUUUUCGAUGCAUUCAAGAUGCCGCGAAAAUCAAAGAACCAGACGGGGCCCUCCAACAGGAGGGCCAUGCGAACCAUCCUCCGACAUGUUGAUGCAAACCUCGGCACUCUCACCACGAAAGCGCAUCGACUGAACUGGCUCAAACCCCUCGCAAGCAGUGGGAAGUUCCCCUAUACCGGCACCCAGGAGAUCGGAGCUUAUCACAACGAGGACACUCUGCACGAGGCCAUCACAUAUGCUGUACGUGAUGCGAAGAAGGACGAGUACAAAGUUCUGGCAGGCCGCCGUGCGCUGGAUCGCUUUUUUGAACUCGGCAGCGCCAUGCUCACUGGCGAGUAUCUUGUCGCCAUCGGGUAUACGUUCCUUGAUGACUCUGGUGCUUUACACCUUCGAGAUGAGACAGAUGCUUUGAAAGAUGACUCGAUACGAGCUGCAGGCAGAGUGGGCACUGCAGCUUCCAUCAAAACAGCGAAACAGCUUGCAUCUGGUUCCAAGGCAAACGACCGGGAGAAGGUUCUCAUGGAGGAUUUGCCAAAUGCCCAAUCAACACACAAGAAUGAUGAGUCAAGUCCGACGGGGACUCAAAACGGAGCAAGCGAAAAUGCAUUCGAGCCCCCAAAGCAUCGUCCGAUCGACUUCCAGCCAGACCAGCAUGAUGGUGCCCAUCCCGCAGAGUCGCCCGACAUCGUCUACGAACCUGUGCCUACUUCCGCAGGAAUCAAACGCAAGUUCGUUCAAUUCGUCGACAGCGAUUCAAGGUCUUCUCCAGAGAACCAAAUGGUGCUCGACCCGGAAAAAUUGGAUGCCCUUCGGCUGUGGGAGGACAUCGAAAGAUUGACCAAAACGAUCACUGAGCUUUCCAGGAAUCUUUGUACACCUGCUCAGACCCUGAAGCUGAACAGCUCGCCGUCGACCUCUCUCGAAAGCAUCUACGCUCACAUCUUCAACACCGUAGAUUGGAGGCUGGCGUGCGACCACCUGGUCAAAUAUGGUGAGAUCAAACCAUCUGCGUUCCUGCAAGCUCUUUUCUGGAUAUUUCUCAGUCUUCGAGUUCUUGAAAGUCAGCACUUUCCCCCUGGAGAAGAUUCCAAAUCGCCUGUCCCAUCAAAUUCUGGGGCUGCCCUGUUGGCUUCGCUCACGAAGUACACCGAGCAGUAUCCACGAAAGGAGGCCAUCGAGCAUUUCUACAGGUCCAACACGAUGACCACUGUAGUACAGCCACAUGCCAAAGUCCUUGCUGAUGAACUUAAUGCCAUAGUAGCCGAGCAUUUGGCCGUUGAAAGCUCCUCGCCCAGUUCAGAUGCUGAAGUGCACAACUUGUUGUCAUCGUCCAUCGACACUAUGCAAGAAAUUUGCGUCAAAGCCAGCAUACUCAGAGGCCUCAUCGACAUCUCAAAGGGCAAGUACAGACUCCUCAAACAUCUUCCAGGAUCAGACAUCUACCACCGGCGUGAAUUGAACUCCUUCCAAAACACAUUAUCAGAAAUCCGUCGUGAAACAAUCGUAGCUUUCACAAUUGCACCGGGUCUGGAACGGAAGUUGGAGGAUGCGGAUACUUACACCGUGGUGGGUCCUGCAACAAUUGCCGAGUUGCGGAAGUAG